AUGGCAAUACAAACAAAUUCAACAAAAAAUCCCUCAGAACGAAUACUUUAUGAUAUAGAUGUAGUCGCUGUUUGGAAACCAGAAGAUGAAUUAGGAGACCAAGAAGCUAAUUCCCAAGUUAAAUUACACACCAACCCGAAUGAUCCUUCUUAUUCCCAGAUACCGAGGAGUAUGUUUAAACAAGUUACGCAUCGCCUUGUUCGUAGUCUAGAAAAACUUGCAAUUUCUACUACAGUACCACGUGCGCUUAUCCAGGCACGUCCAAAAGUAACUUCUGAGAUAAUUAUGCAGCUAUCACCUAAUGGUUUAUAUCUAGCCGUGUCGAGUGAUCACAAAAUAGAAAUACGAACAAGUAAAAGUGGAUUCGAAACGAAUCAUUCGAUUUUUAUUUCUAGGAGAGAUACUUUUCCAAAGUGGAGACGAUUGUCAUGGAGUCCGGAUUCUAAAAUUUUAGCAGUUGCAAGAAGCGAUGGAACAAUUGAAAUCAUUGAUGAAAAUGGGGGAUUGGUUUGUAUCAUAUUAUCUAGCACCAACAUUAACUCUGAUGGUGAGAAAGAUGCACAGGGUGGAUCAAGUUUUUUCCUCGAGCCGGUAGCAUUUUUAUAUUUUGUUGAUCCGAAACGCGGUUUAAAUAGCACAUCUUUAUUUGACGGAUAUUCGUACCAGUAUGAAUUAUUAGUAGUCACCUUUGAUGGUAUUUUACGUAGCUAUUUAAUUAAUACGGUAGAAUCAGCAUUUACAGACAUCAAAGAAGCUUCGCGUCAUACAAGAUCCAAUAUGACUUAUUCACGUGAAGGACCUUCCGACCCUGGUUAUUUUGCCUUUUAUCAUAAAUUUUCAUUUAAGCAAUGGUUAUCUACUAUUACGUGUGGUGCCGUUGUAACUUGGAAUGGAUUAGUAUUAUGCCUUGGUGGUAAAUCAAGUUUUGAGAAUAAAGAUGAUUCAACAUCACCUUCUGUUACAUGCUGGAUGUUAUUGCCGGAAAGACCAUUUUAUCGAAAACUUGAAUUGGAAGGUUCAGAUGACGGUUCCAUAGAUGAUGUAUUACAUUUAGACCAGGGAACGGUCGAUGAUUCUGGGUUCUUUUAUCGUUUAAUAAAUAUUUUUUCAACCUGGCGUAAUACCAACAAACUUUUCACUGACGAAAUUAUUCUCAAUACGGUGUUGUCUCCUAAUCAACAGAAUUUAUUAACUUUAGACUUUUCUGGUACAGUAAAAUUAUGGAACUUAUCUUUAAACAAAGGGCUUGAGUUAAAUAAAUCUUGGGAUCAACCUGAACUUAAUUAUUUUGCUAGGGGUAAAGAGUUUAAGGAUUUGUCGUUAGAAGUGUUUAUUGACAAAAUUUUGGAAAUCGAGAGUGAGGGUGGUAUAAUUGCUGGUAUUCCCGGAUUUGAUAAUGGAAAAGUUGUAUCAAUUGGUUGGUGGUCAGAUAAUGCCAUCAUUUUAGGUUACCAAUAUGGUUCAAUGAUUAUUGCCUGUCUUCCAGAAAUGAUCAACAUAUUGGGUGAAUCUCCGGAAUCUUUUAAAUCUUGUCGUGAGAUUACUAGUCAAUGUAGUGAUCGUUUUCUUGUCAUUGAACAUGAAGUCAAAGCUGUUAAAGCUCGAAUGAUUAAUGAUGGGUUUGUUCGAUAUUCAAGGGAACAGGAAGAAGGCGAUAUGGAAGAUGAUGAAUCUGAUGAAUCUGAAUCUCAAUUAAGCAGAUUAAUAAGUGUUUUAGCGAAUUAUUUACAUCAUGUGACUGAUACUCUCUUGUGGCAUUUUGAAAAUGAUCCUUCAGAAUCUCGUGGGAAAAUCAUAACAGUCUCUAGAAAGACGUAUUGUCUUAACCGUAUCUCCAAAAUUUUGCCUCAAGAAUUAUUAAAUCGUAAGAUAAACGCGUUAGAUUACGAUGAUGCAUUGGUGAUAGCUGAAACUUAUGAUCUGGAUACAGAUAUUAUAUACCAGGCCCGAUGGAAAGAUGCCGAAGUUUCUGAAGCUGCAAUUCAUGAUUACCUUGAUAAAAUCCGCGAUAGAGAAUGGGUACUUUCUGCUUGCAUACAUACGUUCAGUAAUACCCCUGAUUUGCUAAGACUCUUAUUGAAUUAUGGUUUGAAAGGCACAGAUAUUUUGGUAGAAAUUUUAAAUAAUGGAACUUCGUAUAAUAAGGAUGAAAUAAUUAAAACAUUGCGUGAACGUCCAUUCGAAGUAAACUCCAAGAUGGAAGAUUUUCUGGGAAAUUUACAAAUAUCUGAAAAAGAUGUCAUUAUAUGUCAAUAUAGACAUUAUUUUCUAAAAUAUUUGGACCGUUUACGCACAUAUGAGAAUAUUAUCGAAGAGAAAACAAAACAUGAUAUUGAAAAUAGAACCAUGAAGGAUUUUGCAGAAGAAAAUGACGGUUGGAUUACUUUUGUUGAUUAUACCUCAACGUUUGCUGAAGAUUACGCCGUAUUUCGUGAUUUGAACAUUGCGGCUCUAGCUAUGGAUUAUGCAACUGAAGAAUUUUUCAAGGGUUUAAACAUUCUAUUUACCCGUCACGGACCUGAAACUUUACCUUAUCGCUUCACAAUCCUUGAGCAGAUUCCGGAAACAGCUGAUCCUGAUGAAUAUGAAUCCUUCUUACCUAGCGUUACUUCAAAUAGUAAUAAUGGUGAUCUUGUUGAAUGUUCGUGGAAUGAGCAACCUUGGAGAGAUAUAGAUUGGGUCGAUAACCCAAUAUUGAAAAGGCGAAUUUUACCCGAAUUAGAUUUAUCAAAAGAAUCAGAUGUUGGAGGGAUAAGAUUAAAACCAGUCGAAUAUCCGGCCCGAUCAACUCUAAUUACAAAUUGGUAUAUUGAUCGUGCUCAUAGAAUUGAUAGUGUUUCGGGGCAAGUUGAUAAAGCUCUCAUACUUGUUCGUCACGGAAUCAAAAAAAAAGUAGUGAAUCUGGAGACAUUGGAAGAAAACCUAGAUAUGUUGGCUAAGCUCGUUUACGAUUGCUAUCCAGAUUUAGAAUCAGUUAGUAAAAGUAUGUCAUUGAAAGAAUUUGAAGCGUUGACUGAAGCCGAAAUUGUUCAAGUUUUUCUUCAACAUACUAACGAAAAACGGAUUGUUAAUGACAUUAAAAAUUUCAUCAUCCCCUUUUUAAGACUGUUACCUGCUCGCCGUGCUCGAUUAAAUCACAUUCUUAAAGACGAUUCCAAUGAUAAAGUAUCAAUUUCGAAUCCAGAAAGCGAACCGAUGAGCCUGCUCUAUAAUUAUAUUUUGAAUAUUUCAUUAUCCAAUUUAGAAUUAAGUUGUACCAUUUUUGAAGCAUCUAAACCGGUUUUUAAUAUAGAAGAACGAAUUAUCACUUCUGAUGAAGAUCUUGCUAGGGUAGCUCUUGCAUGUCUUUACGGAAAUUCUAGCACUAAUAAUUGGGAAGUUAUGACUCGUAUUUAUGAAUGUCUCCCAAUAUUUGAUGUGGAAGGAAAUCGAACUAGUUUAGAAGUUAAUUCACUUCAAAGUUACACCCCAUAUGAACUUUUCCCAUUGUUCAAGUCAAAAAAUGAAUGUCAACUUCAAAGCUUUAUUGAUUCUCUUGAAAUUCACUUAAACGCAGCGGAGGUACUUGCACAAUAUGGUAAUGCUGUACCAUUAUGCUGGUUUUUACAAAGUUCGGAAAAUUAUGCUUUACAAAAACAAUUAUGCAUCCAAUUAGCACGGAAAGCUGGUGGUGGUCCUGAAAGUGGUGGGGAAAAGUUUGAAAGUGAAGAUGAAUGGAUUUUGUUAUUAGAAAAAAUUCUUAAGCUUCAAGGCAAUGGAAAAGGUGUUUUUGGAAAGAUCUCUACCGAGGAAAUAUAUAAAAUUUUCAUUUCUUCAUUGUUGAGCUGUGGCAAAUUUAAUUUGGCCCGUGAAAUCAUUUUGCCUACCGACCAACCACAACCUUUAGACAUGGACAUUUCAGAGAAACUAGUAAUUGAUGCGUCGAGAGAAUUCUUUGACAACGCCCCUUCGGGAAACAUGUAUCAUGGAUAUAUGAAGAUGGCAUAUGAAUGGUAUGACAUAACUUUUCAAACCGAUGGGAUGCCUUUAAACAUUCGAGCCGAAGUCGAGUUCAUUGAAGCGACACAUAAGCUUACGGAGCAAAAAGUUUAUCAUCAGCCCGGAAUUCCGAUACAUCCUAUGCAAAUUCGACUUGCAUCGAAUAAAUUAGAUUUGAUUGCUCGUUUAUUGAGUACAAAUGAAGAAGUUUAUUAUGACUAUAAAACCAUUAUAGAACUUGCAAAGAAAUUAGGUUAUAGAAAUGAUAAAGUAGCGGAAGUCAAAGUUAUGGCCAUGCUUGCCGAUACUGCAAUACGUGAUUCUAAUCUCAGUUUUGCAUAUGAUAUGUGUAUUGACAUCAUGAAAAUAAUCAAGUCGAUUUCGAAUGUGAAAACCGAUGAAAAAAAAGAGGUCAUAUUAAAAUCUUCAAAGGAUGUUGCUUGGAGGAUUUGUUAUGAAGUUGCCAAACAAGAAACAUUUCAAAAUUUAGAAAAGAAAAUGACCCUUAUGGGAUACGCUCUUGCAUUAUGUCCUAGCGAUCAAGCGGUUGAUAUUUUGAAUGUUUGGCGAAAGAUAGAUGAAGAAUAUAGAGCAGAAUUAAUUCAAAAGGCCGGUGAGAAAUCCAUGGAAAAACCUAAAUCAGCAAAGAUCAAGCCAGUGGUUGAACGUGUUGAAUCAAGCUUAUUAACACCUUUACUGCAAGGAGAUCGAAUCAAGAAAAUCUUCAUCAAAACCCCGGACAGUCCAUUAUAUAUAGGAAAAGUGGCGAGUGUUAGCUGGUCUAGCGAUACGUCUUUAGAAGGAACUGGCGAAUUACGCCUUAUGUUUAAUGCAUCCGUAAAUAUUUUAGUAGAUGCUAAUAUGGACUUAAAACCGUUAUUUUAUAAUUGGAUAGUCACGAGUCCGCCUGGAACUUUUUACUGGGGUUUAUUUUCUACCCAGAGGGCCGCUUUUUCUCGUGAAUUUAACAUUGUCAAUGCACCCGAUGGAAGUAGUCCCACUACUGUUGCAAAAGCAAUAACGUCGUCACCAGCGGCAACAACGAUACUGGCAACCCAAACUGUUGUAAAAAUUGAUGGUUCAUCAUUAAGUAAGGGAGUCAUUAUAGGUGCUGUUAGUGUCGUCGGAAUCAUAGGCCUUGCAGGUCUUUCUGUCUAUGCAUUUUUGCGUUUCAGAAAAACUAAAUAUAUUCCAACACCUGCACUGAUUUCAGACAAGGAAAUUGUUGGGUAA